AUGCUCAUUGUGGGACUAACAGGUGGAAUAGCAUGUGGUAAAUCCACUGUCAGCAAAGAACUUAGAGAAAGACAUCAUUUAACAGUAAUUGAUGCCGAUAUUAUUGCAAGAGAAGUUGUAAAUCCUGAUCGACCAGCUUAUAAUAAAAUCAUAAGUAAUUUCCUGGAAAUUGUACCUGAUUUAAUAAAUGAAGAUCGAAGUUUGAAUCGAGCUGUGUUGGGACAGGCGGUAUUUGGAAACAAGGAACGUCUUGGGAUUUUGAAUUCGAUUGUUCAUCCUGCUGUUAAGAAUGAAAUCGCAAGACAAAUUAUGAUGGCAUAUAUUAGAUUGAAGAGCAUGGUUAUUGUUGAUGUUCCUUUGUUGUAUGAGAGUAAGUUGCAUUUAAUCUGUGGGUUGGUGAUUACUGUUUCUUGUGAUGAAGAUGUUCAAGUUGAAAGAUUGUUGUCAAGAAAUCCGGAAUUGACUAAAGAAGAUGCUUUAAAGAGAAUAUCUAGUCAAAUGUCAAAUCAAGAAAGAAAUUAUCGUUCUGAUAUCGUGAUUGAUAAUAAUAAGAGUUUGGCAAUCCUACGCACUUCAAUAGAUUCAUUAGUUGAAGAGAUUAGACCUAAUCCAUUAUGUACCCUCUUGGAACUCUUUCCACCAUUUGGAUUGAUUUCAGCUUUGUUUACAUUUAUGAUUAGAAGAAUUACUGAUAGAUACAAAGGUACAACUCCUAAGCAUGCAAAGAAGCGAGAAAAAGAGAAACUUUAG